AGUCUCCAGAAAAGAGAGAAAAACUCGCCGGAGUGAACGACACGCUGGUGAUCUCAACCACCACUACCACUUUUGAUUUCUGUUAACGAAAACCGAAAACUUCAACACUUCUCUCUCUCUCUCUCUCUGUCUCUAUUUGAUCCCUAAUCCUCGGGGUCGUUGUCUACUGCGACUCCUCUAGACGCCGUCGUAUUGAUAUAGGUUUUGGAGAGAUUAUAGCCUAAUCAUCUCUCUGAUUUGUUAAUAAUCAUACUCUGCGGUGGAGGGUGUGUGGAUGGGAUAUGGCGGAACCAACGUCUGGUGCAGGCGGUACUUGGAAAGAGAGCAAGUUAUGGAAAAUGGUUUUCGCUGUGGCCGGAAUCAUGACCACCCUCGUCACCUACGGUGUCUUACAGGAAAAGAUCAUGAGAAUACCAUAUGGGGUGAACAAAGAAUUUUUUAGAUUCUCGCUAUUUCUCGUUUUCUGCAAUCGGAUUACAACAUCUGCCGUCUCUGCAGGUGCUUUACUGGCAAGUAAAAAAGCCUUGGACCCAGUAGCUCCCCUUUACAAGUACUGCCUUGUGUCAGUAUCAAACAUACUAACCACGACAUGUCAGUAUGAGGCCCUUAAAUAUGUCAGCUUUCCCGUUCAGACACUUGCUAAGUGUGCUAAAAUGAUACCUGUGAUGGUUUGGGGGACUCUUAUUAUGCAGAAGACAUAUAGAGGACAUGACUAUUUGUUGGCUUUUCUUGUGACCCUGGGCUGUUCAAUAUUUAUUCUAUAUCCGGCAGCAUCUGACAUUAGCCCAUACAGUAGAGGAAGGGAAAACACUGUUUGGGGCGUCUCCCUGAUGACUGGUUAUCUUGGGUUUGAUGGGUUUACUAGCACAUUCCAAGAUAAACUUUUUAAAGGCUAUGAUAUGGAAAUACACAACCAAAUAUUCUACACAACAUCGUGUUCUUGUAUUCUUAGCUUGAUAGGUCUUAUAUUACAAGGACAUCUACUUCCAGCAAUAGAUUUUGUUUAUCGCCAUAAUGAUUGCUUCUUUGAUGUCGCAUUGCUUUCCACUGUUGCAACAGCAAGUCAAUUUUUCAUUUCUUACACAAUUCGCAAUUUUGGUGCCCUUACUUUUGCCACCAUAAUGACCACAAGACAGUUGGUGAGCAUCAUGCUGUCGUGUGUGUGGUUUUCCCAUCCCCUUAGCUGGGUACAGUGGAUUGGAGCGGUUAUUGUCUUUGCUGCCCUUUAUGCAAAAAGCUUUUUGAGAAAUCCACCUCAAAAAUCUUUACCUUUAGAAGCUAUGGAAAAUGGAGGUUCUAGUCCUGUGAAGGAGAAUCCGCGAUGAUAUCUGGUACUUGUUAGUCUCUAACAUUGGCACUAGGCAGCUUUAGUUUUUAAGUGCAAAGCUGCAUAAUGAACUGAGAAGGCUCAUGCAGAAGUGGUUUAAGGUAGCAUCGCAUGCACAUGAACUCUGAUUGAGCAGCAAUCAUUUAUGAUAUACAGAACUCAAAAGAUCUUAUGAUCCCCGAUUUUUCGGUAGUUAAGAUAAAUCAUAGAUUAACUGAAGGUUUAAGCCAAAGGAAUGUUUUUUUUGUUUUUUUUUUUUUUGUUUUUUUGGGUCUUGAAUUCAAAUGACUAAAAAGACUUUCCCAUGCAGUUGCUUUCACGGAUUUUGGUUGUUUGGCUGAGCAAUGUAAUUUGAGGGGAAAAAACAGAUGGUGUAGAACAGUAGAAAGAAAGAAAAAUAGUUUUGAGGCUAAUUGUUGAGCUUUUUA